CUUCCUGUUGUCACCGGCAACAGGCAAGCGUACAUCCGGGCUACUUCAAGAUGGCUGCAAGCACAUAAACAAAUGGUGUUGUCCGACAACUAAACGCAUGCCAUAAAGGAUGUCGGAGCCAGAGAAGAAGGAAGUUUCCGACAAGGAAAAGGAAACUGCAAAACAAGAUGAAAAAGAAAAAGACACUGCUCAAGGUGGAAAGAAGACUCCUGUCAGCGGAAAGGCUAAACCAGGAAGUGGUAAAAGAUCAGGAACACCCAGCAAGGGUAAUAAAGGAGCUGGUGAUAAAGGGGUAGCUACACCAAAAGGAAAUACAAAGUCAAAGACCAAAGAGGAUGUGAAAGCUCCAACACCAGACCCGGCAGGGGAGACAGAAGAAGAAGGUCUGCCAGAAGGAUGCGUUCCACUGUUUAUGUCUUCAAAGUCCCAAGAAAUCUUUGGCUGUACCUGUGAUGUUGACGUGACAGAGGAAAACCCUAUCAAAGUCAUCAUGAAGGCUGAUAUCAUGGAGGAUUUCCGCAACAGGGCAGCUGUUUGUGAUUUCCAUCCUGUGAAACAGGAAGUGCAGGAUUUUCCAUCUGAUGAGAUUGUCAUUGUAUAUGAUGCUGAUUUCAAGUAUGGACAAAACUUCUACAUCGCAAUCACAGAAGAAGCCAAGGAGAAAAUAUUGAAUCCUUUUGGUCCUGAAGGAGAAGGAGGUGAGGCAGGAGCAGCAAAGGAGGAGGAAGUUGUAUACAAGUACAUCCCACCAGAGUCUAAGGAUUGGGUGUCACUUGGAAGUGAAAAGGAAAUCAAAGAAGAAAAUGUUGUAGAAAAUCGGCGACGAAUAAAGAUUUCUGCUCGACGUAUCAGGAAGGAAUUUGGAGCUCCUUGUAAUUUCGAGGACAGAAAUGUGGCAGACGCUAAAGAUGCCUAUGUUGAGUGUACGGCAUAUGAGGACCGUACUUAUGACCUAAAGAAAAUGGAAUUGGACAAAUGUAUCCAGGCAGUACCAGACCUUGUAGAACAAGGUACGAACACUGACUGGCGUUACCCAAGGAAUGCUAACACACAGUACUAUCCCCGCGAAUUUUCAGAGAAAGAAAAAGAAACGAUUGAAAAAUCUACCGACUUGCAAGCGUUUGCUAAGGAUAUGGUUCCAAGGUUUGAACUUGCCCUUCAGCAGAAUGAGAUUAUGGAUGUAUUCUUCAUAGACUGGCUACAUUUAGGGGAUGCUGAUGGAUCCUUUGGGAACAAAGCGGACAAUCACCUUAAGGAGUACCAGUCAUUUACAGACCUACAGUUUAGUAAAGACAGGACUAUUACAGCUAUACAGUGGCACCCUACCAUUAAAGGUGUGGUUGCUGUGGCUGUGGCAGAAAAGCUGAGUUUUGAUGAGAGGAUUGAUAACUGUGCUAAAGUCAUUAUGACUCCAUCGCUGAUCUUGAUCUGGAGUUUUACCGACCCCAUACACCCACAGCUUUUAUUGGAAGCCCCUGAUGAUAUCUACAGUUUCCAGUUCAGCCCCUCUGACCCGAACAUAAUCUGUGGUGGCUGUUACAAUGGUCAAGUGGUGUUGUGGGAUAUUUCAGCUCACGCAGACAGACUGAAGCAACAGCGGGGCAGCAACAGAAAUAAGAAAUCCAAUGUCCUGGAAGAAGCAGAAGCAAUUUUCAAGAAAGAAGCAGAAGCAAUUUUCAAGAAAGAAUCAGAAGGACUUUUCAAGCCUGGAUUUGAGGACCCUAAUGCCCUAAAGACUCCAGUUGUACGGUACUGUGCAGUAUCCAGCAUAGAGAACAGUCACAGAGCGGCCAUCACCGAUAUACAAUGGGUCCCUGACCACAUGGAGCUGAAUAGGAUGGGCGUGCCUCAGGAAAACAAGAGUUUGCAGUGCUGUCAGAUCAUGUCCUGUGCUACAGAUUACUGUGUACUGGUGUGGGACACUCGACCUGUAAAGGGUCCUGGACAACUCAUUACCACCAAGGAGACUGACAAAGGUCCCAAAAACCCCAUAGGUGUCCCCAACACAUUUAAACAUCUUGACCUGUCAUGGAAGCCUAUUCUAAAGGUGGCACUACACAAGUCUGAGCCAGGAGGUGAUCACAGUCCUACCAAGUUUACUAUUCAGGAAAAACAGGGAGACCGCGGAACAUUAGGCAAAGCGACAGAUGGCUCAGAUCUGUCAAAGGAGGCAGCCAUGGGGGGUGGCUACUACACAAAGCCAGGGUCUGGCAAGGACAAGAGAACACUGCAGAGUGUCAAGACUCAUUUCUAUGUUGGCACAGAGGACGGCGAGAUCGUUUAUGUUGACUGGAUGCCACAGAAAGAUCAAGACACAGGAAAAAUUCAAACACCAAAGCCGGAGUUUUACCACUCGAUACACGACGGACCUAUCAACACACUACAGCGCUCUCCUUUCUUUAAGGAAGUAGUUUUGUGUGUUGGAGGGUGGACCUUCACACUAUGGAAGGAGUCUGUGAAUGUUGAUCCCAAUGAGGCCAAGAGGAAUAGUGGUCCAAUCCUGCAGUCUGCUGCCAGCACUGUCAAACUAAGUGCUGGACAUUGGUCACCAUCUCGACCAGGCGUGUUCUACGUAGCAAAGGUGGAUGGCAGUGUGGAUGUGUGGGAUCUCCUUGACAAAACACACGAGCCCUGUAUGACACAGAACGUGUCACCUGUCCCCAUCACCUCUCUCUACCCCUUCCAAGUAUCACAGAAGCAGCACCUGAUGGCAGUAGGAGACAAUGCUGGUACACUUCACAUUUUAGAAAUUCCGUGGAGUCUAAGACAACCCACUGCCAAUGAGUACACUGGUAUAUCCAACUACUUUGAGCGUGAAGUGAAGAGACGUGCCUUUGUCGUGUCACGCUGGGACUUCAGAGAGAUUGAGAAGAGGGAACUAGAACAAGAACAUAAACGGAAGAUGGGGAUUGCUCCAAAUAUACAGCUUUCAGAAGAGGAGGUAGAAUAUCGUCUCAAACAAGAAUAUGCUGCCUAUCUUGAUGAGGAAAACUCAUUCCUGAGAGAACUAGGUCUGAAGGAUGAUGAUGAGCCUCUUCCUGAAACAUGAUCUUAAAAACCAACAAGUUUCCUAUGGAAACUAAUAAAGAACAAACAAUUAUGUGAUAAUUUUUGGCCUGGAAGAAUGUGACUGAAUUCAUUUAAAACAACUGUUUUCUUUCAAUGAUGUAAAAUCUGCAUAUCAGUUUCAAAAUGUUAACAUUUAAAAUCAAUGUUGACAAUAGAAUCAUUCUUCAAUUAAUUGCGAGCUUCUAUCAACACCUCAACAGUUGAAUGGUACAUAGUUACAUACAGGACUUGGAAAAUGAUAGUAUAUAAUGUCUUUCUGUGAUGAAGAUUCAGACUCUCGACUCAUCAAUGUAUUGUGCAAAACAAAUUCCUUACAAACUAAUAGGUACACACUGUAGUUGUAACCUAGGUAUUUUCAACAUUUUCAUUCCAUUUGUGUAAAACAGUUAAUUAUAGUGAAACUUUAUAUUUUUAAAGCUAAGUUAGGUUUUUUGUGACUUCCAUGUUAUGUUUCAUUCACAAGAUAUCAUAUAGAGAUAUUUGCCAUUAGUGUAAAAUCAUCACUGACCAGGACUUUUGUGUAUAAUACAAUGUAGAUGUAUGACAUGCAUUAUAUAUCUCUGUGAUAACAUAUCUUUGGUGAAUAUUAAUGAAUUCUUGUUGUCGAUAUCUUUAUUUAAUGCCAUGAAUUAGUGUUGAAUUUAUUUUAAUAUGAUAAAUUAUUAAAAAACAAAAUGAAACUGCCA